UUGCAGGGCAUUAGUCUGUGAGCAAUCGUCGCCGUAUCGGGUCCCCCAGUGGCUAGUCAGUGUUUUUUGUUUUUAAUUAAUAAAAGUCCAAUAACAACGUAAUCUAAAAUACUUGUCAUAAUGUUAAGAGCACCCAGCAGACUUACCUUCAGUGUUGCUAUCGGUGUUGGUGUAACCCUUGGCUACUGGUGCUACUGGUGGUACCGGCAAUGGAAGAAUUGUAGCUCAAUGCCAAAAAAAUGGCGUCGUAUUGGCACUUUAGACCAAAUCAACAUAUUUCCCCUAAACUUUGGUGCACCACUACAAUUUGAUGCCGAUGCUGAGGUCGAUUGCGAUAUGUUUGGCUUAAAAUUAAAUGGUUGUCGCGAUCGUGCACUUGUAAUAGUCAGCGAUGCAAACGACAUGAUCACCGAAGAAACUUAUCCACGUACGGUGUUGAUUAACACAAAAUUGGUGGGAUCACAGCUGGAAUUGAGUGCGCCUGGUAUGGAGACGAUUACGUUGGAUGUGAGCACUUUAAAAACAGAAAGAGAACAACUUGAAAUGAUGGCGCGGGGCAUAUACAUAAAAGUGUACUUAGUUGGAGACAAAUAUGACAAAUGGUUGUCCAAGUUUCUUCUAAAUAAAGAUAGUGGCAUACGACUGAUCCACUAUCCAAUAAAGGAACGCGCUAAGCCAAUUGAUUCAGGCAUGGCUCAAGAGCCAGCUAUUUUGAAAGAUGAUGAUGGAACCUUCAAUGACGCCAUCAACUUCGUGCUAAUAAAUUUAUCAUCAAUUGAGCAAAUAAACGCUCGCUUAGGACAAUCGGUAGAUCCGUUGAUGUUUCACGGCAGUUUCCACCUGAAAAUGGACGUUCAUGAACCCUUUGCUGAAGAAUCCUGGAAGUGGAUAAAGAUUGGGGAUAAUGUAAUAUUUCGUGUGAUUGCAGAUAACGAUCCGGACAUUGCGAUAAGGAAAGACCUUCCUUGUACAUCAUUUAUCGUUUACUUGGGCUUACGCGCCGCAGGAACUAUCAAGAAGGGCGCAGUGAUCUACGUUCCGGAUAAGUGAAGAGGUUUAAUACAGCGAUAGUGCCCAAGAAUAUUUAUUUUUUCUUACAUCAUUUUUAAAGAUUUGCAUAUUGUAUACACACAUCUCUUAAACGAUCUAAAUAAUAAUUAGAAUGAUUCUAUAAAUAAUUAAA